AAUCGUAGGAAAGAAAAUUAGUUUGACUAGUAGUAAAGAAUCUAAGGCAAAGAUUUUCCCGGUGGUUAAAUUUAAUAUCUACACCAUUUUUCCCUUCUUAGACCUACUCUACUCCCUACACUAUACACAUCAACACUCUCUCUUUCUCUCUCUCUCCCCAUUACUUAUUGAGAAACACACACACACAUACACAAAUCCUUUCCUUUUCUCUCACGCCUUCUCUCUCUCGCUCUCUAGCAUUUAAACCUCAUCUUACGUGGUCUCUUUAUAAUUUCCAACUUGGUUUCUUGUUUUUUCCCGAGAAACAAUCAAAAGACCCUAAAACAGGACACUUCUUUAGGUGCAUGUGUGUGUGAUCGUCAGAGAAAGAUAAAGACACUUUCUUCUUCCUUCUUCCCUUCCUUCUUCUUACUUAAGAUCUCUCUCUCUCUCUCUCUUAUUAAUCGACAUGGGCACUUGUAGAGAACCAGAGCCUAGUCAAAUCUUCGUCCCUGGUCCGAUCAUCGUCGGUGCUGGUCCGUCCGGUCUAGCCGUAGCGGCUUGUUUGUCAAACCGAGGCGUACCAUCGGUUAUCCUCGAGAGAACCGAUUGUUUAGCUUCUUUAUGGCAAAAAAGAACCUACGACCGUCUCAAACUCCAUCUCCCUAAGCACUUUUGCGAGCUUCCUCUUAUGCCUUUCCCUAAAAACUUCCCUAAAUAUCCCUCCAAGCAACAAUUCAUCUCCUACGUCGAGUCUUACGCCGCCCGGUUUAAUAUCAAACCGGUUUUUAACCAAACCGUCGAGAAAGCCGAGUUCGAUGACGUCUCUGGUCUAUGGAAUGUGAAGACGCAAGACGUUGUAUACACAUCCACGUGGCUGGUGGUUGCCACAGGAGAAAACGCUGAACCGGUGUUUCCGAACAUACCCGGUUUAAAGAAGUUUACUGGACCGGUUGUUCACACCAGUGCGUACAAGUCCGGUUCGGUAUUUGCAAACCGGAAGGUUUUGGUGGUUGGUUGUGGAAAUUCCGGUAUGGAGGUCAGCUUGGAUCUUUGUAGAUACAAUGCUCUGCCUCAUAUGGUCGUUAGAAACUCUGUACAUGUGUUACCAAGAGAUUUUUUUGGUCUAUCGACAUUUGGAAUAGCGAUGACACUACUAAAAUGGUUUCCUUUAAAGCUGGUGGACAAUGUUCUCCUACUUCUUGCUAAUUCUACGUUGGGUAAUACCGACCAUUUAGGCCUUCGACGACCUAAAACCGGACCAAUUGAGCUCAAGAACGUCACUGGAAAAACUCCGGUUCUUGAUGUCGGCGCCAUUUCUUUAAUCCGAGCAGGACAAAUUAGAGUGACGCAAGCGGUGAAAGAAAUAACGAGGAACGGAGCAAAGUUUCUGAAUGGGCAAGAAAUUGAAUUCGACUCCAUAAUAUUAGCGACUGGGUAUAAGAGUAAUGUACCCGACUGGCUCAAGGACAAUAAUUUUUUCAUAAAAGAAGGAAUGCCGAAAACGCCGUUUCCUAACGGUUGGAAAGGAGAGAAGGGACUAUACACGGUGGGUUUCACGAGAAGAGGACUUUCAGGAACAGCCUAUGACGCCGUUAAGAUCGCUGAGGAUAUAACAGACCAAUGGAUGAAAUUUAACGGCCCGUUGAGUAUUAGGAAUAUUUGUAGUUCCCAUAUUAUUCAUCUUCAUUUCAAUAAAUCCUAAUAAUUCGGUUACUUUUUUGUUCGUGUUCUCAAUUUUGACUUGUUUCUCUUUUUCUUUUCUUUUCUUUUCAUGAUCUCUAAUGAGUUAGUUGGUUUUAUU